UUUCAAUCUGUGUGUCGUGUGCCAAGGUCGGCUGUUUUUUUUUUUCUCUAUAUUUAUUGCUUUGGUUUACCCCAGUUACAUAUUGCUGGUUUCCAGAUCGAUUAAAAAAUUGGCUCUCUUUCGUGGAAGAUAACCUUAGCCAUAGAUUUGCAAUCCUUUCUUGGAGACAACACCUUUCUUUUGCAUUUCUUCUUUUCUCUAUAUAUCUGUCUCUUCACCUUUUGAAAUUUUUCUCUUUGCUUUGGCAAGUGAAGAGUUGAGAGAGCGGUGAAAGGUCUGAGUUUGGUUUCUUGGAAGAAUUGACAUUAAAAGAAAGACUAUUAGUAGAUUUAUGUCGUCUGAGUUUGAUCUUGAAGUGAUUGGGGCUCUUUUGGAAUUGAUUGGGGCUCAUUUCUGGAUUGUUACUACUUCCUUCUUGUUGACACUCGCUGUGGGCUCAGUUUGCUGUAUGCUAUUCUGCACCCUGAGGCAGAGGUUGAGUCUUGUGAAUCCGGCUGUUUCAAUGCGAUUGAGGUCAAAAAGGACUUGUUCUGGAGUCGAGUGUUUUGGAGGCUUUCACAUACAAAAAUUUUCACAUCUGUUCUUGUUCUUGAGAGGGGAUUUCACCUGAGAUCUUGAGAAAUCUAGAGAGAUUUUGUUACUUUUUUUCGGUUGGU